AUGGCGGCCGAAGGGGUAACGGUUUCGGAGCUGACUGGGAAUGCGGGGGAGGCGAGCCAGUACUCGCAGCAAGGCGGGGGCGGAAAAGCUGCCAGGAGGAGCCCCCCAGCGAAAAGGCCAAGUUGGACUCAGGAGGAGGAUGAAGUGCUGACCGAUUUCGUGGGCAAGCACGGUCUCGGGGAGUGGGCGGCGGCCGCACAAGUUCUUCCGGGGCGAACCAAGAAGCAGUGCCGCAACCGGUGGUACAACGCACUCGUGUCGGCGUCCAAACAGGCCCCCUGGACCAAGGAAGAGGAGGCGCAGCUAGAGCAGCUUCACCGCCAGUACGGAGACAAAUGGACCACGAUCGCGAAGCAUAUGCCGGACAGCACGCGCAGCGAGGUUAAGAAUCACUGGAGCAGAAUGAACCCUGGGAAGCGUGACGCUUCCCCCCCCGCCGCGUCCCUCCUCCGUCAGUACGGUCUGGAGAUCGACGGCGAGCGGAUCGUCUCCAUCGCGCCGGAAUUCCGUGGCGGCUCUUCCGAACCGACGGACGGAACAUCUCCGACCACCUCCGAGGGGGGUCACAAACCGGGCACUCUUGCCGGGGAACGGCCCUCGAGGCGUCUUCUACCGGGUUCAACCACAAUCCUACGUGGGUUAGGUGAAAAGCGCGUUGACAGCUACGGGAGUUUGGGCGGUGACCGUUCAAGUAACCUGGGCGCUAACCUGGGGGCUGACGUCAUCUCGCCCCGGGGGGUGGAGUCCGCCGGGCUGGCGCAGCAAGGGACGAGCGCUUCGCCCGUUCCCGCGUUUCUGGCUGCUGACGUCACCCUCCCCUCGAAGAGGUUCCCGCUGGAUCCGCUGCCCCGCCUAGGGGGGCGCCAACUCGGGCCCAAGUCCCCCCCCAAGACCGCCUCCGAAAACUCUCCGAGGUCUUCUGCAACAGCCGGUUCGCAAAACGCGUCUUCCUUUGAAGAAAGCCUGAGCGCUGGGGACGAAAUGGGCGGUUCCGGCGCAAAUAGGGGCAGCGCCGAGCGCCCGGAGGGUUCCACCUUUGACUGGGUCAAGGAGUGGGUGGCCCUGUCGCAGAAACACGGGACUGCGGGGCGGGAAACACGUGCCGGGGGAGUCUCCCGAAUGAGAGGGGGGCCUUUGACCACGGAGGAGCUCUCAAACAACCCGCUAGCGAGCUUCUCAGAGUCGCCGGGGUUGGCCGGGCUUGGUCAGGAGGGCCCGGUUGGCGGGAUCCUCGGCGCGUUUCAGCUCGACUUUUCGGGGGGGCAGGCGGCUCGGUGUGGCGGGCUCCCGUCGCACUCUCGCGGGAUAUCUCCGAAUCCGUCGGAGCACCAGACCGCCUUUUCGGAUCCCAUCGAAACUGUCCCCCUAGGACGAUCCGGGUUAUUCGCGCCCCCCCUCUUUCGGCGAACCUCGGUUCCAGCCCCCCGAGCACACAUCGCUCCCUCGUUGCGGCGGUACGCUUCUAUAGACCUGCCAUGCGUUGCGUCCUCUGUCGAAGAGUCACCGUUUCCGGGUCUUGGUGCGUUCAACCUCUCGGACCUGACGAUCUCAGGGGAGGCCAGGAAACGGAAACCCCAGUCGUGGGGGGGUGGAAGCGGCGACGAGAAGCGGUUCCGCUCGCCGAAGGGGGCCAACCGGACAGAAUCUUUCAAAGGGGCGGAAUCUUUCGAGGGGGCGGAUGCUCACGUCGGCGCGGGACCGGAGAUCCAGCGCCCGCUUGCUGAGACCCUGGAAGCAAUGCGCGAGAUGUACGGGCGCGAUUUGCGGGGGCACAUAGCCUGGGGUCGAGAGACCGAGGAGUCUGUUCACACCCCUGGCGCCAAGUCCAAAUUCGGGUUUGCCGGCGGGAAUCAGUUCUCAUUGGGGCAGGGGUUUGCUUCCCCGGGCUUUGCUCAAAGCCCUGGAGGGCGCGCCUUCGAGUCCUAUAAUAGCGCGCGACUGAGUCCCGGGCUUGGUGCGGGGGGACACAACCGGGCGGAGAAAGGUGACGCUAAGAUGCCACGUGGCGGGAACCCGUCGCCGCCACGUGGGGGUGGGAACUCGAGCGACUAUGCGACGGCCAAGUUGACGACGCUCGUAACGGAGCACUUGAAUGUGCUCCUGGAGGCGCAAGCGCUUCAGCUGGAAAAGGCCGGGGUGGAUCAACCGAGCGAAAUGAGCCCGGAGGAUCUGCGCCAGUUGCACCGGGCGCACCUCCAAAUGAAAGCUGCGGUCCAUUUUCUGUCGACUUUGACCGGGGACCACCCCCCCGGUCCUGGUACCGAGGGCAACGUGUUGAGAAAGGGCUCCCCGGCCGAGCCCCACCAUAGCAGGAGCUACUCGGACUGCUCCCCCGGAGGCGCUAGCAUCGCGCAAGGGACGCGCCACGUGGCGCAACGUGAGCCGCACGUCGGCGGGCAGUUCGGCGCGGAGAUUGGGCUCGAGGUUGGGGAUGGAAGAGACCCUUUGAGAGGCGCUUCGUGGGACGGGGAACCGGUAGAGAGGAGCGAUGGCGGGGGGGUUUUCAAGGGCCGGUUUAGGGGGGAGGGGUGGGGACCUUUGGAUGUGGACCAACUAGAGGCGGCGGCGCCGCCUCACUCGCGGGGUCACAACGGGGCCCAGGGCAUGGAUUGGCAGCUGGAUACGAGCGCCCCUGCGGUGGGCGAAGGGAGUGAGGCGCCGCAGGCGCGCGCGUUGGAAGAGGUUACGGCAACGGUUUACGACCCGUCAAGCGUGGCGGGAUGCCAACUUCCGAGCUGGUCGACCUGGGGACACAACUUUAGCGAGGCGUCCCCCUAAGCGAUCUUGAGAUUGUGGUCAACUUACUCUGUCGUUUAAGAAAUGCUCACAGUAGCUGCAUUGCUGUUUUGAUUACGUUUGAGAAAAGCUUAGCUGCAUUGCUAUUUUUCGAGGUGUCGUACAUGAUAACUUGUACAAUGGGCGGUAUGUGUCAGGUGUUGCCUUGUUGUAGAGAAAGCCCUGCAUUUUCAGCUAGCGGCGUCAAAGUCAACGGUAACGGGAGACUUGGUCAAAAUGAGCGGCUAGAGCAGUGACAGUUAGCGGCAUCAUUCGUUAUACUACGACGGUAAAUAGUCAUGUUGGGACGGUAGCGACGUCAUGAUUCCUUUCAAAGACAUGUGGUAGCGCAGCGCAGGACGGGCUCGGGUCAUCACUCAGUGAGGCAUUUACACCGAGUUGGAAAGAAGUAUGCUCAUGAUUUCAAAAGCUGCCCGGUGUAGUGCAAAGCAUGUUUGUGGACCCCGUACAAUUUUGAAAUGAUCAAGC